AUGACAGACCGCCGCGCAUCCAAGGACCGUGGGAUCGCUGCUCCCGGUCUGACAGGACUCGCGAACACGACUGGCCGCUUCUUCACCUCGGGCGCAAAGGAGCUCGCAAGGACAAAGUACGGCAAGAGUGUUGGUUCAUUUAUCACGGCCACCAAUGCGCGUCCUAGCUCGACUUCGCCCAAGCCGCAGAAACAGUACGGAACAGCUCAUGCGGUGCCUCCAACCACCGUUCAUACAAUCCAUGCCCCACCGCCCAGCACGUACGGUCCGCCCGCGCCUAACAACUGCACGAACGUGUAUCAGACGCCGUACAACCAGAACCAACCGGGCCAGAGCCAGUACCAGCAGCCUUAUCUGCAGCAGCCGGGGUUCAACGUGGCCCCGCCAAACCAGUUCAACUCGCCGCCGCAGACCUUGAACACCUCGCCUCCUCUGCAGUUCAACUCGCCGCCGCAGACCUUGAACACCUCGCCUCCUCUGCAGUUCAACUCGCCGCCGCAGACCUUGAACACCUCGCCUCCUCAGCAGUUCAACUCGCCACCGCAGACCUUGAACAGCUCGCCUCCUCUGCAGUUCAACUCGCCGCCGAACCAGUUCGCUCCGCCCCCGAACCAGAACCAACCCAGUUUCCCGCCGCCCACGCAGAACCAGAACCAGGGCUUGUCCCCUCCUCCACCGAAACCGAGCCUCCUCAGCAACCCUAGUUUCACGCAGGGCUUCCAGGACGGCUACUCACAGUACAAACCACCGGUCCAGCAGAACGAGGGCUUUCAGCACACAGGACAGAUGCCCCAGCACUCUCCUCAGAUGCCUCACCAGCACACGGGAUCGUCGCUGCCACACCAGAGCACCGGACCCGUUCACCAGCACAUGGGCUCGAUAUCCCAACCGAGCGGCAUCGGCCUGCCGUACCAACCAUCUGGGCCGCAGCCGCAGCCGCAGCCGCAGCCACACGCCAACUCGUACCCCCAGCCUGGGCAUGCUCCAUACCAGCCGCUCCAGGAGUCGCCAAUGUAUACGGCCAUUAACUCGCCUCCGGCGUACUCACCAGAACUCAGCCCGCCAACGCAGUACAAGCCGCAUGGCGGUGACCCCGGCCAGCCAUGGUAUCAGCCGUGGGCAGGAGGUUCCCCACAAUCGUCCAUGUCGGUGCAGUCGAUUUCCUCGCCGCCGAUAUCGCCUCCGCUCAUGACGCCCCCCGCCGUGAUGGUGUUCGCGGAGCCCCAGUCAUACUAUGCCCCCCCACAGCAGCAGCAGCAGCAGCAGCAGCAGCCUCUUGUGCAGCCCGUGUACGUCCAGCCCGCGUACGCCUACCAACCCGUACUUCCGGGCCAGGCAAUCCCGCCCGGUGCCAUCCCCGUUUACGGGAAUGCGCCUACCGUCGGGGGAGGUGGCGGUGGUGGUGGUGGUAAGCCGCAGAAGGAGAGCAAGAUGUCCAAGCUCAACGACACAAUGGGCGUCGUGUCGAGUGGCACGCAGAUCAUCUCAACCUUCACGAGUUAG